CUUUGCCCCGGAAGCGCUGUCCUCACUCCUUCCCCCGCUUCUGCCGGCGGACGUUUCGCUGGGCAUCAGGUGUCGGCCGGAGCCACUCCAAUGGAGGCGCGGGGCCGCCGCAGGGCCUCGCACAGUCCCGGCCGCGACAGGGUGCGCGUCAAGAGCGAGGCUGCGGCCUACAAACGGCGCCGCUCGAGUUCCGGCUCGUCCGGCGGCAGUCUGUCUCCACCCGGACACUGGAGAGGCCGCUCCCCGGCCCGGAGGGAGCCGAAGCCCGGACCUGGCACACAGAGACACCCGCGGCCUGAGGCCAAGUAUAGGCGGGAACGACAUGACCAUCCGCGACAGGAGCGCCAUGAAAGAUGUCACAGAGACCACUCCGAAGGGAAAGAGCACCGACACAAGAAGGCCGAUGACAGAGAGCGACGCAGGGAGUGGUCGGACCGUGGGCGGGCCCACAGCAAAAAGAAUGGUGGGCCUCGCACUGAAGACGGUGCUAGUGGCCGAGACAGGGAGGUUCAACAGCUCCACGAGCAGCAGGCCGAGCGCGAAUUGCACAAUGAAAGGCGGCGCCAGAACCGUGACCGUUUGAAAACACUCACAGCCAAGAAUCCCCAGGCUGAACCAAACAGUAGCCAGGCUGGUCGGGGCAAUACUGCGCAGGUUAAAGAGGAGCCGAAUUUUGAGUUAUCUGGUGCUCUUGUGGAAGAUGCAAACACCUUUCGUGGGGUGGUGAUAAAAUACAACGAACCGCCAGAGUCCAGAGUCCCAAGGAAACGAUGGCGUCUUUAUCCGUUCAAGAAUGACGAGCCCCUCCCAGUUAUGCACAUUCAUCGCCAGAGUGCCUAUCUUUUGGGUCGUCAGCGAAGAAUAGUGGACAUCCCGAUUGAUCAUCCCUCCUGCUCCAAGCAACAUGCAGUGCUGCAGUACAGACUUGUCGAGUUCACGCGUAGCGAUGGUACACCUGGCAGGAGGGUGAGGCCAUACAUCAUCGACCUGAGCUCCGCCAACGGCACCUAUCUUAACAAUCAACGCAUUGAAGUCCAGCGAUACUAUGAACUCCGGGAAAAGGAUGUGCUGAAAUUUGGUUUCAGUAGCAGGGAAUAUGUCAUUUUGCACGAAUUCUCAGAUACUGCUGAGGUGGAUGCAAAACAAGAACAGGAUGAUGAUGAUGAAGAAGUUGAAAGUUAAUGUUUAAAAGAAAACCUCACUCUGCAUCUUCACUUCCCCCUUGCAGUUGAAUGGUUAUGAUCUAAUUGGAAGGACCAAUGGACAAUUGACUACUUUUGUUUUUUUCUGUCCAAGUGAAGCCAACAGCGAGUGCAUAUUGACUCUCACACUGGGGUUCCAGAUCAAUUUGUGUUUGAAAUGCAGCCUGGCUAACAGGAUUGGACAUGCAAUCCCUUCAGACCAAACGUUUAAAGUUCUAUUUUGCAGUCGACUUUUCAUGUGUUGUAAUCUGGUUCAUUGCCUUCAGUGUGGCAUUCGGGAAGCUUACGAGAUAGUAGCAAAGCCCAUGGAAUUGCUGCAUAGAUUUUACCAAGCAGCUGCAAAAGGGCUGUAGUUAACUAUUUAGGAAGAGACAAUUGUUUUUAUUGUUGUUUUGUUAGAUUCAAGUUAUUUAAUGGAGAGCAAUGAACUCCAUGAGCAAGUUUAUCAAUGGGCUCUGGUCUGAGGAUGUCAGACAACAAGUUGUCAUAUGACUGAUCUUUUAUACAUCUGUUGGCUUCGCGAGCUUUGAGAUGUUUGGUUGUAAGUCUCAAGCCUUUAAUUUUUCUAACUGAAAAUUGUGCACAGUGUCCUUUAUAAUUUAAAGUUCUUUACAUGAUAUUUCAGAACCCUCUGGCAUUUGAAUUAAUGGUAAAAAUGAGCAGAACAUUUUUUUUGUCUGAGAAUUGUCUUUAACCUUGUGUUAAAAUAGAAGAUGCUAUACUUCCUCACAGGGUUUAUCUUUCUAAUUUUGAUUUUGUUGCUAUUUUGGUUAAUGAGAGGGAAAGCGGGGAUUCUAUUGCUAGUAAUAUAUGAUGUCCGGUUAUAUAAAUGCUGUAGCAAGGCAAGAGAUUUUUGCUUGAAGGUUUUUUUUUAAUCUGCCAGCAGUGAAUUGUUGUUUUGAAUUACAUUGAGGAGCAGUAAGUAACAGGAACCUCAACAAACUCCUACAUAGUAAACUUUGAAAUAUAAUCCUCUGCAUCUUGCUAUUGAUUCAUCACGUUUGAUUUGGAUACAGUCACAAAUAUAGCUGUACUUGUGCACAGUGAAAAUGACAUGCCAAGGACAUUGACCAACAGGAGCAUUAAACAUUAAUUUCAAAUUA